AUGCCACAUAACUCUUUGUACGAUAUCAUGUACAUCACGCAACCAACGCGUAAUAUUAUGACUAUACUUGGAAUCUGGCCGUCCAUUAACAGGGACAAAACAUUGUGCGAAAAAGUUUACAAGUUCUUGUUAAUUGCCGUCUUUUACACUCUUCUCAGUUGCAACCUAAUUCCCGGUUUCAUUUAUUGGAUGACACAAGGAGAUACGCGUACUCGUAUUCAAAUGAUACCUUUUCUCAUUUAUGAUGCUAUGACUAUUAUUCAAUACGUCAUGUUUGUAUUUCGUGAUAAUCAAAUUGGACAGUGCUUGAAGCACGUUCAAGAAGAUUGGGACAAUAUUCUCAACGCGGAUGUACGAAACAUGAUGUCAAAAUUCGCGAGGAUUGCCAAACGCCUAGUCACAGUGUGCGCGACUUUCAUGUUCACCGGUGCCAUUGUGUUUCGGACAAUCCUUCCCUUGUCACAAGGAGACAUCAUCACCGAACAGAAUGUUACUAUUAGGCCUUUGGCCUGUCCAAGUUACCUCAUUUUUAUCGAUGUGCAAGUCACUCCUAUCUACGAGAUAUUCUUUACGAUUCAAUUUGUCAGCGGAUUAAUUACAGCCUCGAUUGCGACAGGUGCGUGCGGUCUCACAGCCAUUUUCGUGAUCCAUGCUUCCGGCCAAAUGAGAAUUUUGAGAGAUUUAAUGACGAGCCUUGUCGAAGAACAAAAAGAAUACGAAGUGAAUAAGAAAUUGGCUGAUAUAGUCGAGCAUCAAGUGCGAGUACGAGGUUUUCUGCGAAUGGUACACCAUACGCUGCAAGAAGUAUUCCUCAUGGAAAUGAUGGUGAAUACUAUAACUCUCUGCAUUAUUAUGUAUUUUAUAAUCAUUGAAUGGCAGAGUAACAACACACCAGGGGUAUGCGUUUACAUGUUAUGCGUUGGAAAUAUAGUACUACAUUUAUUUAUGUAUUGUUACACUGGUGAACAACUUACCGAACAGGCGGAGAAAGUGGCUACUGUCACUUGCGAGCUUGAAUGGUAUCGUCUUCCGGAUAAAAAAGCGCGUUGCGUCGUGCUGCUAAUGAUGAUGUCUAAUAUUCCAAUCAAGAUAUCCGCUGGAAAUCUUUUCGACCUCUCAUUUAAAACAUUCGGUGAUGCUAUAAAAACUGCCGGGGCGUAUUUUAAUAUGCUCCGAAAAGUAAUCGACUGAAUGUUAUUAAGUGCUAAUUGUCGAAACUGCUUCGUGAACCGUACGUGUCUAGAGGAAGCAUCGUUCCGUGUACAUAUAGAUGAAAAAGCA